AUGUCCAACUCCUUCGCUGCCCUCCGCAAACAACGCCGUGACGAACUCGCAAAGCUCGCUGACCAACACCUCCAAAACGACCUGCAAGAAUCAGACCGCGACACCCUCAAAGCCGCCGCCGCACGAAUCUCAACCUGGACUCUGAUUGGGUCUGCAGUCGGAAUUGGAUUUGGAUUCUACGUUGCGUUUCGACUCAGGAGUGCGCGAAAGACGAUGUUUGAGGCGUUCAAGGCGCAGCAGAAGCCUGUUAGUGUUGUGUUUGCAGACGGACGGACAGAGAGCAUUCCUGAUAUUACGCCGUUGCUGACACCAUCUGCCUGGGGAGACUUUGCGACUUAUUUCUUCGCUUCGGCCGGUGGACUGUUCCUCGGCGGAGAGCUUGGUUUACUUGGAGGCUCAGCCAGCGCCAACCGCAGCAUUACCAAAGAUCCUGAAAUGAGGAAAAGGAUAGAAACUGCAUUCCGAAAGUUCAGAGUGGAUGUGUUGCGCAAGGAAGCCGAUGAGCUUGAUCGGGCCGAUAGCGUGUGGGAUAAGAUGUUUUGA